AUGGAGCUCAAGUACUUCUUCCUCCCACUCGUUGCUUCAAUUUCCUUCUUCUUGGUCGGCUACGAUUCCGCCGUCACGAAAUACGGAUGGACCGCGGUCCAGAAGAACCUCCACGUCGCGAACCGUCAAGCCGACGUGGCGGUGUGUGUUAGCGACGCUGCCGCCAUCGUCAGCGCCGUCGUGGCAGGCCUGCUGGCGGAUCGGUUCGGGAGGAAAUACACCCUCGCCGCAACGGGUGGCUUCUUUUUCGUGGGCAACUUGCUCAAGUCUUUCUCGAUUUCUUCUUACCCUCUUCUUCUCGCCGGCCAACUGUUGUCGGGCUUUGGCGUCGGCUUGGCGCUCACCAUCGCGCCUCUCUACAUCGCAGAGAUGUCUCCGGCUCCGACUCGAGGGUUACUAACCUCCGCCCCCGAGGUGUGGCUCAACAUGGGAAUUCUAUUCGGCUACCAAUUUUAUUCGAUGUCCUCACGGUUCCCUGCUGGGGUGGGACAGAGAGUGAUGUUCUUGGUAGCCGUUUUUCCUUCUGUUCUGCUGACGUCAUGCAUGUGUCUGAUGCCAGAGUCCCCGUACUGGCUGGUCAUGCGACGUCAGCAGGUCAACGAAGCCACCCAGAUCCUGGAAAGAACUAGGCGGAGCCAGACGGAAACCAACCACAUCGUAGCACAGUUGGGACUGGAAGCCAACAACAACAACAACACCAGGAAUCGGCGGAUCGUGUGGAGGGAUUUCCUUCAGCUGCCUCAAAAUCGACGCAUCGUCCUCGCCGUGGCGGGUUUGAACGUUCUCCGCCAGCUCUCCGGAGUCGACACCCUGACUGCCCAUGCCGUACUGGUCAUUUACGAUAACGUGUCGACGAAACUCCUGGACGUGGCUAACGGGGUCGUACUCAUGCUGAGAGCGGUUUCGGUGAUGUGCUCCAGCCUCGUGGUCGACAGAGUCGGGCGCAGGUUCUUACUCCUGGCUAGCAUGUGCGCCUCGUGCUGCUUCCUGAUGAUGUUCGGCCUUCCACUCCUCGUCGUCCAGCACGGAUUGAUCGCGGCAUCUGAGAGCGACAGCUACGAGGUGGUUGUGGUAGGUUUGUGCCUGCUCGGAAUAGCCGGGAUAGCAUGCUCGUUCGAGGCCGGGUUGGGGCCGAUCACCUGGAUCCACACCGCCGAGGCUUUCAAGUGCUACAGGCUGCGCGCACAAGGGAUCGGCUUCGCAGUUGUGGUUAACAGGGUAGCCGAGAUCGUGUUUGUGCUGUCCUCUCGACCUCUGGCUCGUCCGCUACGAGUUGGCGGUGUGUCGCUUGUUUUCUUCGUGGUUAGUUUUCUCUGCUCUCUUGCAUUCUGUUCUUUCUUUUCACUCAUCGAUCCGACGACGCUGUCCUCCUCUUCCUUCAUCAUAGCCCAUUGUGGGAAAUACGUGCUCCGGUACAUCCUCAUCAUGCCUGGUGGUAAUUCCGACGUGAACGUGCCGGCGUCAACUGGUUCUGGUUCUUCUCCGGCCCGGAAAAUGCCAUUGUCCGCUGGUUCCACCGCCGCCUCCACUCCCGGCGGCGCUGUUGCUGCCGCCACCGCCGCUGCCGCUACUACCCCCGCCGCCCCUGUCGUUCCCUCUUCAGCCUCUCCGAUAAACCUUGAAUCGUCGGAGACGGUGUCGGAUCCUAUCACUGCUGCCGCUCAAGGCAUGCUUAAUCUGAACGUUUUAUCGCCCUUUAGUAUGUCUGAUAUUGAUUGGGAUCUGGGUGGGGUAGAUGUGGACUUUGGUGGGUCUUGGUCAAACGACGACAAGUUCUUGCUGGGUAGGGCUGGGGACGGUUCGUUUGAAUUGACGGACGUUACUUUGGGUUUAGGCAUAGAAUCUAUAGCGGCUAGGGGCGACGCGUCCGCCAUCAGGGAUAACUUGGCCAAUUUUGACGUUUCAUUGGCGAGCGUGAGCACUGAGGAGGGCUUGAGCAUUGAUGACCCGAUGUCCGCCGAGCGUCUUGACUCGCCAUCUUUGGAACUUUCCGAGGAUACAACGGAAACGGAUUACCGCGCGGUGGAAGACGACGAAUAUUCGGGUAGCUGUGCGAAGCCUCCGAACGCGCCCAGCUCCACCUCGAAACCUGGUGCUUCCUCGACCCCCCAAGUGGCGGCUAGGGCGCUCGGCUCUUUGGUUAAGACUCCCAUUCCCGCUGGGCAGGCUACGCUCACCGGCGGAGCUGAUGGGGUGAUGGUGGUGAGCACAGGCGGUGAUGGAAGCCGCCUCGCGCGAGAUCUUGGGAAGCGAGUUGCGGAGGCGCCAGUUGAGGACGCCGACCAAGGCCGGAAGAAAACAAAGGCCACCGCUUUGUCUGAGACCGUUGCCUUCUCCCUGCACUCUUCGGUUCGUGAAGACUGCGCUCGUCGGAUGCUGCACGAGCUGUCUGGGAAGCUUGUCGUUCCUCCAGAAUAUACGGAGGUGGAGGACCCAUCGUCCAGGCACUGGGUUGGCACCGCCGCCCAUUUUCUAUUGGCGGAUGGUGUUGGUCUUUCCCAAAUCGGGGUGACCAAUGAAAAGCUCAAGAUGGCGAACUUGCGGAGCGGCGUAGAAGCGGAGAAACUGCGCAAACGAAUCGGAGAGCUGGAGGCUGAGUCCCUGAAAGGGCGCCUAGCGUGCCGGGCGGAGGUCAAGGCGGAGCUGGAGAAAGAGCAUGCGGAGAUGGUGAAGGAUCUGCAUGCGGAUCUAUCCCGGAGCAUUCAGAAGGGGAAUAGUUUGAUGGCCGAUAAGGAAGUGCUGGAAGCGGAUGUCAAUCGGUACUGCACACGUGUUGAGGAGCUGGAGGAGGAGAAGAAAGAGGAUACUCGCAUCCGCCUUAAAAUGCUCACGUUUAUGAACAAGGCAAUCGACACGCGUACCGCAGAUGGGUUUUCCGGUUUCAGGGUAGUGGUGUAG